AUGCCACUGAGAGCCUUGCGCCCCGGAAGGAGUGACAAGGACCUCAAGCGACGCAGCACUCUGGAUCCGGCCAACCUCUUCAGGCGCGGCGAACAGGCCCCCCACGGCAUCAGAUCCGCCGAGAACCUCGCUCCAGACCGCGGCAUAAGAUCCAGUGAUGGGCUCCGCCCCCAGACCCAGCAGUCGCAUCCCGUCUGGCUGGUCGACACCGAACCGCCUCCCUCGCCGCCUGUCCAAGAGCACAACACCAUGACGCGUCGCUUCAGUAAGCUGAGGUCGCGUCACGCCUCGGAUCCCCAGCUGUCGGCCAAGGCCAGGGAGCAGGCCGCUGCCGACGCUGCCGCAGCUGCUCCUCCGGUCCCAACAAUGCCAGCAGCCCCUGCUAUUAUCAUGACCGCGCCGACCAUGGAGUCGCCCACGCAGAACCCUCCGACGAAAAAGAAGAACAAAUUUCCUACGUUGACUAAAAGAAGACUCUCUUUCGAACCGACUGCCGAGGAAUCCAUACCGCGCAAAUCGACCGAAAAGAAACACUUUGGAAGCAACGGCCGAAAAACUAUAUUCGGCGGACUGGAGCAUCUUCAGGACGAACCUGGUCGCCUCUCGACCAGCUCGGCGCGUGAUCUUCCGACUAUGACGGGCAGCGAGGCGAAUCAUGCGUUGCGUCCUGUCGGUGGCAGACUGUCUGACGGUUCGUCGCGGUCUAUCGAAAGCACUGGAGAACACAGGAAACCAGUCUUGAACACAUCGCAUUCGACCUUCUUCCGUUUGUCGAGGAAGAACAAGGAACAAAACCGCAAGUCGCUGUUUCCGCUUCCCGUCAAGAUCCCCGCACCACCAGAGUUCCCCGAUACGGCCCCCGCUACACCCCGCGCGUCUACUAGUGCCGUCAGCGUUCCCUCUCCUCACCAAUCACCGGAUGGCACAUACAGCCCUCCUCUGACCGCCAUUCAUCGAUCAAACACCGACGGAAGCGCGCACCCCGACCAGUCGCCUACGCAUUCAGCGCUUGCUUCCGUAGUGAAUGUGAAUGGGGCCCCUCUCAUUAGGAAUGACUCAACGACAUCCGCACAUUCUGCCAGGUCAACGCCUUCGCUCGCUCCUCCCGUGCGCUUGGGCCGACGUGGUAGAUCUUCAACUGUGGGGUCAGUUGAGGGGCGCAUAGAUGAUGGCCCGCCUCCUACCCCACCACAGUAUGGACGACAUUCGACGUCGACUACAGGCCGGACCAGUUUCAGUAACUUGUUCGGUCUCGGCAACCGUUUCCGUCAAAACUCCGAACCGCAGUCGCCACGCCAUGGAUCUCCAGGUCAAGGUAUGACCUCCGGAAGGGGCUCGCACUCUACCUCUAUGAACAUCAGUCGCGAAACGUUGGCGGUUCCCCCAAGGGAAGAGGGCGAACCUCCUGGCAGAUACCUUGAGCGCCUGGAAGAGAUAAUGCCGCGAAGCACAAUUGCAGCCGUGGUUGCGAAAUCCGGGGACGAAUUCUCUCUGGCUGUAUUAAGAAGUUAUAUGCGAAGAUUCAUGUUCUUUGGUGAUCCCAUAGACAUGGCACUCAGAAAGUUGUUGAUGGAGGUCGAACUCCCGCGCGAGACUCAGCAAAUUGACAGGGUUCUUCAAGGCUUUGCGGAUCGCUAUCAUGAGUGUAACCCGGGCAUUUUCGUCUCACCUGAGGAAGCUUACUUCAUCGCUUUUUCGAUCGUGCUUCUGAAUUCAGAUUUCUUCAAUCCGAAUAACAAGCGCAAGAUGCAGAAGCCUGACUACAUCAAAAAUUGCAAUGGAACCAGCGCCUCGGAGGUAAACGAAGAUGUUCUUGCAACCAUUUACGAAAACAUCGUCUACACCCAAUUUAUCCACAUCGACGACGAAAUGGAUCUGCGUAACAUAGCCACAAGGGGGAAGAAGAAAAAGAUCAUCAAAAAUGCCGUCCAGGACCCUGCCAGGAGAGCGCAGAAGGAACCUAUCGAUCCCUAUACCCUAAUAUUCGAGAACAAGCUGGACGCUCUACGACCGCCAAUCAAGGAGGUCAUGCAGUUUGAGGAUCCCUACUGUUACCGCGGGACGGCGCAGUCUCUGGAUAUGAGAUCCCUCCACGACACGUUUGCGAAAUACGGUGUCAUACAAAUUGUGUCCGCCCGCUCGAGGCCAGAGGCUUUCAUGUCGCCGACAACUAUUGAAAAUCCCAAUGAUGCUCAGGCCGGAGUUGUGGAGAUGCCAGUGACAAAGGUGGGAAUCCUUUGGCGCAAGGACACGAAGAAGAAGGCAGCAAGAUCACCUUGGCAAGAAUGGGGAGUCGUCCUCACGCGAUCUAGUCUUUACUUUUUCAAGAGUCCUACCUGGGCCAGGAACUUGAUGCACCAACAUGAAAACAGAAACACCAGCAGUGGCGCGCCUGUUAUCUUCAAGCCCGCCGUGGAAGAUUUCAAGUCUGAUCAUACGGUGCCUAUGGAUUUGUGCGUGGCGGCCAUGGAUGCCAGUUACAGGAAACACAAGUACGCCUUCGUCAUUUUCGCCAAAGGCGGCGCAGAGGAGGUCUUCCUGGCGGACAACGAACCUGACAUGAACGAUUGGCUUGCCAAAAUCAACUACACGGCAGCCUUCGAGACGGCUGGUAUCCGGCCCAGGGGCCUGACGGGUGGCAACUACGAAGGCCAGCGGAAUCGUGGGAUUCGCCGGCUUGAGUCUUCGCAGUCGUCAAAAUCUAUACAAGGGCCUACUGGAGAGGUCACUAUCCAAAGUGGAAAGAUUGACAACCACCUUGCUCAGCAAAUCGCCAGCGCGCGCAGGGACAACAUUCAGCGUAAGGUCGAGGAAGCAGACGAGAGGCUGGGAAAUGCCGUAAAACAACUCGACAGCCGCCUCAGAGAUGCGCGACACCUGCAAGUCAUGGCUCCUAUCCAGCCUAGGACAAGAGAGCAUGUCAUGCAUGCGGCUGGGCGGAUGGCGGCUAGGUUGAAAUGGGUGCGCAUCGAUAUCUGCCGGAUGAAGUGCCAUCGGGACAUUCUUAUCAUGGAUUUGGAUGAAGAGAAAAGGGCCGCUGGUGAAAGCCAAUUGAGGAACAAGGAGAUUGCGGACUCAGCAACGCCUGCAACAUCAUCACCGGCACCCACUGCGCCACCCUCCCGGUCGUCGAGACUUGGUAGUCUUGUGAGGUUAAACUCAAAGGCGAGCUCCGCAACUGCUCGACCACAGACGUCUCCCAAUCCCCCUCCACCGGAGAUUGUGCCUCCUCGGGAACCCGAGCAAGAAAAGGAUGACGAUGUUUUCAGCACGCCCGAGAACUCUCCGCAGUCCAGCCCAGGACACCCGCCUACUGACUGGGUAAUUCCACCCAUGUCCUUCAGUCCGCUGAGCGAACCAAGACAUUCCUUGAUCAUGUCGAAGGUAGAAAACCCCGACCACCGUCCUUCUGUAUCCACAACUGGCGAUCAGGAAGGAUCAGAGGUGGGCUCGAAACACCGCAGCGGUAGCAUUUCCGAUGCCGAUCACAGCCAUCCCCGCAACCAAAGCACUACCUCGAUGAACUUGGACGGCCGUCCGUCGACUCCCGAAAAUGGAGAACAAAACCCAGCCGGGAGCCCUGAUUCGCGCGCCAAAAUGCGCCGCAGCAUGCACCGCACCCUUCGUGAUCCGCACACUUCUGGGGGGCACCGUCGUAGCGGCAAAGGAAAAGAGUCCUCAUCGACUAUCAUGUCUGAGGAUACAGCGGAUAAAGGGCCUGAAGUCCUUCCACGCGCUCACGGAAGUUUCACCGUUCACGGCAAGAAGGCAUCUGUGAUCACGUUCGGCUCGGAAUGGCAAGAUUUGUCUGCUGAGGAGCGCCUCAAGCUGCGCAAGCAGGCCUUGGAGGAUGGGAAAAGGCUUGAAAUCCCAACUGCUCACGAGGAUGACCGGUCAGUCAACGGCACUGAAGGCGCACCGUCGAUUUCAACCGCCUCGGAGAGCGCGCAUACUAUCACCAGCAAGCCAAUGGUAGAAAAGGAGGGCGGAGUUGGACUGAAGCCGGCACCGCUCGACCAGCGAUGGAACCAUCUCUCGGCUCCCGGGCAACAACAGUCUACAAACGCCGCCUCGAGCAUCAAUACCAGGCCCUCUGUCGAGGAUCUGUCCCCCACGACGAAGGAGUUCCCGAAAGAGGCCAAGGAUGGCGAUGCCAAGGACGAGGAAGAGGGGCAGGCGGGAGGCCCUGAUCCCGCGAUAAUCAGCACACAGCCGCAAGCCGUAGGGGCUUGA